CAGCGUGCUGCGCCAUCUCCGUACAGUGGGCCCGACGAGCCACGCGAGCGCACCGCCACGGAUGUGUGCCGAGUGACCAGCCGCCGCGACGGAUGGAGUGAUCGAACACAAAAAUAAAAACAAACAAGUGUUUCGUGGCCAAACUAUAAAAAAGUGACUAAUGAAAACAGUUUUAUUAGUGAAUGUACCAAAAACCAAGAUUUCAAAAAUGACAGUUGAAAAUGCGAUGCGCAUCUCGCGCCGUCGGUGAGCGGCGUAGUGUUGUGGUUGUUGUCGAUAUUCAAAAUAUCGAGCGGUGGUCGAGGCAGCGGCGGCGCAGGCGGCGGCAUGGUUCUGGAGGGUGGGUUGCCGGCGCCGCUGCAGCUGUACGCGGCCGCGGCGGCCCAGCUUGCCCCGAGACCGGCCUGGCCACCUUUCCUUCCAUUUUUUGGGGUCCCUCCGCCGUUUCUUGCAAGGCCACGGUUGCCCCAUCCCUUACCUAAUAGAGCACCUCAUGGUCCACCUAGUGAAGAUUCGAACGACGACGGCGGAAGCAGUAAAGGUGGUGUGGGAGACGACGACGGCGAUAGCGGCAAGCGGAGACGCUCCCGGACGAACUUCAACUCCUGGCAGCUGGAGGAGCUGGAGAGGGCCUUCCUGGCUUCCCACUACCCUGAUGUGUUCAUGAGAGAGGCGCUGGCGAUGAGGCUGGACCUCAAGGAGAGCAGAGUCGCGGUCUGGUUCCAGAACCGGCGAGCGAAGUGGCGCAAGAAGGAGCACACGAAGAAGGGCCCCGGGCGGCCGGCGCACAACGCCCACCCUCAGUCCUGUUCAGGGGAGCCCAUCCCUCCGCACGAGCUGAGAGCGCGCGAGAGGGCGAGAAGAAGAAAGAAAUUGGCCAAAGCACUAGACCGGCAGGCGAGGAAGCUACGGGCAAAAGGCAUCGCCGUCGACCUGGAGGCUCUGAAAGCUGAAUACCUGGCUCAGCACAGGAACAGCGGUCUGUAUUCAGACUCAGACGGGGACGCCGAAGGGGAAGAGUGCAUGAUCGACGUCGUAGGAGGAGACUCGUGCCAUGACUCGGGUCCUGAAGACUUCUCGCUCUCUGGCCGUCUCCGAGCACCAUCAGGAGCAGACGGCAUCAACAAUUCCGACAGCUCAACCUCUGACGCACAUUCCGGACGCAACUUCAGCCCAAUCCCCGACCCGCAGCAUUCGUUUUUCAAACAGUUCGGCGCUGGCAGCCAUUUUGAAAAAUUCGAAUUCGAUCCGAGCAGAGCCGUGUCUUUAGAUCUCAGUGGGAGUGGGACGGCCACCGAGCAGGACCUGACGAAGAAUGGAGGACAACGGAAACACAAUCCAUUCAGUAUAGAAUCUCUACUUAACACGUGAAAGUAACCGCCUAGAGGCUUUAGGAUACAGUAAACUAUAUCAGUGACGUGAAUAUUCCGAGAUGUUUCUUUGUUUUACGUCUAUCUUUUUCAAUACCUAGUUAAUCGGCUUCAGUAAAAGACUUAUACCAUAACAUAUCCAGUGUGAAUAGUAAAUUAGAUUGUAUUAUAUAGAUACUAGUGUAUAUAGCCGACGAUGUAUUUAUUUUAAUGUUACUUUUUAAUGGGGCAAUAAUGUAUAAUUUUUCUUGUUGAUGAUGAGGUAAUUUUAUUUUUUGCUACUUUCAAAUUUUAUUGUUAUAUCUACACGAUUGACUGGAUAUUUACCAAAUCUUAGCGACUUUAUUGUAACUGACGUUCAUGGAGAAAUUAAUCGAAUUAAUUUUAGCUACCUAUCAUGUUCUAUGCAACCUUCAUAUUAAAAUAUGGACAUCCAUAAAGAUAUCAUAAUCAGUAUAUUUACAAAGUUCAAUUACAAUACAGCUAUAAAAAUAAUCAGCGAAAAACAAUUUUGAUGACACCUAUUAAAAUAUGUUUUUGUAGACUGAGAUAUCAUUAUUGAAAAGUAUUAUUAUUUUAUGCAAAAUUCUGAUAGGUUUGGACUGGAAUCUUUGUUUGGAUCAAAAUUGAAGUCUAUUUAAUUACUUACCAAAAUGGAUGAAACAAUUACAACAAAAAGUUUCUCCGAAUUAUUGGUUUUCCAAAUUAGCCUAAGUACUGAUUUAGAAAAAAUAAGCCAGUGUCGCGAUCAAGCGUUCCAUGUUUUGUAUUCCUAUUCCUAUUUAUACCCACGGAAAUUGAAAUUUAUAUUAUUUGAGCUUUAUUUCAUGUGCAAUUAUAAUAUCUAUUAUUAUCAUAUACUACCGAACGCAGAAGUUUGACCCCAAAAAUGCUAUUUGUGUAACAGGUCCCAAACAAUUAGAACAUUUCUGCCAGAAUAUAAAUAAAAAACACAUUCUCCGCUAAUUUGUCUCCGCUCUUGGGACAAUGAAGCCAUUAAAAUUAAUCACUUUGUUAUUUUCAUAUUUUAUCACAAUUUGUCUUAGAAACAUAAAUAAUGUUACAAUCAUGUAAUGGCAUUUUAAUUGUUGUUUCGCAGGACUUACACGUGUAAUGAAUAUAGACGAAGAAAUUAAAAAAAAUAUGUUAAAAUUUAAAAAACCAAACCAACCAAAAAAGGUUUUUUUUUCAAGCAAUAAAAUAUUUGCAUUCUGAAUACUUGAUCAUUUAAAAACUAGUCCUAAUUUUAUUACUUUAUCUUAACAGAAAAAAUCUAUUCAUGUUCUGAAAUUCUUUGAUUAAUCUGUUUCAAGCGCGUCCGAAUCACCCACAGCUCCGUCGCUAUAAUUUUAUUUUAAAAAAUGGCUGCGUAAAUACAAUCAUUGCUAUUGGCAAAAGAAACACAAUCUCUGCUCGUAAAAUAACAACAAUUAAUGAAUGUACAACGUGCAGCGAUAAGCCGGGCCAAUUAGUAGUUACUAUAUACUGGGUUAUUGCUUUUUUAUUAACUUAUUUUUUAUUUACUGCGCAAGCGCGUUGCGCAGUAAGUGUGAUUCGACAUGGACAUGGAAAUGGAAAUUAGUUUGUUUUAAUGGUUUUGCAAUUAAAUAAAAAAGUAUUAGACACCCUUCGAAUGGAACGUUUCUAAUUGUUUGCAUUGGUCAAUGAUUCAUAAAAAUCUAAAUCUUCUGGUAGAAGUUUUUCAAAAUAUAAUUUAAAACCUUCAAGUUUAUAGACAAUAUUCUAAAAACUAUAAAUCACAAUAUCAUGGAGUUGAAACAUGAAAACAUUGUCCAUCCUACAUAGGUAUUGUAGUGUGCAACUGAAGGUACAAUGAUAAGUACUUAAUAUAUAUUUUGCUUUUUGUUUAAUUUUGAACAUCACAUUUAAAUUUAAAUUUGAAUUGUGUAAUUAUCAAAUAUUCGAUAUUUCAUUGUCUCACAAUUUAAAAUAAAUAAACGUUUUGGUUGCAUUAAAACUAUUUGUAAAUUUAUAUAGGUUGUAGUUAUAAUUAGGUACAAAGUUGGUUAAGUUAAUUUAUACGAACGGAGGUGAGAUUUUUUUGUAAAUUGAUAAUCACGUUGUGUAAGAUGUAAAAAGUAUGUUAUGUGAGUAAUUUAUUGAAUCAAAAUAUAACACAAUUAAACACAA